AUGUGGAACGAAGAGAGUGUCAAUCCAACAAAGAUCAUUCAUGGUAAUUUUACACGACCCAGCUCUCUUUUCGUGACAUCAAAUGGCGAUAUUUAUAUUGAUGAUGGAUUUAAGAAUGGUCGAGUGCAGAAAUGGAUAGCAGAAACAGAUACCUUUGUCACGGUGAUGAAUGUCAACUCAUCAUGUUAUGGUUUGUUUGUCGAUAACAAUGAUACUCUUUAUUGUUCAAUGUCUGAGCAUCAUCAAGUAGUGAAAAGACCGUUAAGUGAUUAUGCGAUGAAUUCAAAUCAUGUUGCUGCUGGAACAGGUAUUGGAGGACCGGCCUCGAAUCAACUAAAUAGUCCUCGUGGAAUCUUUGUCGAUGUGAAUUUGGAUUUCUAUGUAGCAGAUUGUCAAAAUAAUCGAGUUCAAUUAUUUCAGUUGGGAGUAUCAAAUGGCAUCACAGUAGCUGGAAGUAGAUCACUAUAUCCAACAAUUUCACUUAAUUGUCCAAGCGGAAUUAUACUAGAUGCUGAUAAGUACUUAUUCAUUGCAGAUCAAAAUAAUCAUCGCAUUGUUGGUUCAAGCUUGAGUGGUUUUCAGUGUUUAUUUGGAUGUUUUGGAAUGGGCCUGCAAUCCGACCAAUUGAAUAUUCCAUAUGGCUUGAGUUUUGAUCAUUCUGGAAAUAUGUUUGUUACUGAUGCAUCAAAUCAUCGAAUUCAAAAAUUUAAAUAUUUAAACAGAUAUUGUGUGAAGGUAAUCAAAAGUGGUUAUUACACUUUUCGUGGUAGCGGUAGCAUUGAUCCAUAUGGAUCUAUUUACAAAAACAAAUUUAACCCUCUUGAUCCAUGGGAAAAUUUGCUCAAUCAAGAGUAUGCUCAUGAUUCUGAUAUUCGGUUUAAACUUGAUAUUCAUCUUGAUGUUGACAUGAUUUAUGUAUUCGUUAUGACAACAUUUGGUUCAAAAGAAAGUGGAGAUUUUUGGAUUAAUGUGUUGGGUGAAAAUGAAGUUGUUCUCGAUCGUCUCAGUACUCCAGUAAAUAUUCAAUUAAAAUAUUCAUCAAAAUUAACUGAUGAUAGUCCAACAUAUUAUCGAGAUUGUCAAGUACCACAAUGUCAUUAUGAAACAUUACAAAUUCAUGUUAAUACAACGGGUUUGUAUGUUAUUUGGAGUGAAAAUGAUAUUAAUGCAUAUGGAUAUAUCUACAAAAAUGAUUUCAAUCCUUUAAAACCAUCUGAAAAUUUACUUUUAUCACAUGAUGGUAAAUGUAAUGAUGAACAAUUCAAAUUAAUCAUUGAUCUCGAGAUCAACACUCGAUAUAUAUUAGUUGUGACAACACACGAUCCUAAGACAAUUGGGAACUUCUCUGUUUUUAUCUCUGGACCAAACAAUGUCAGUCUUAGUCCUUUCAGUCCAGAACAAAGUAGUUGUGUGAUCGGUAAUCAAUGCAACUUUUACAUCAAAGGAAUUGGUUUAACACUCGAUGAUAUUUUACGUGAUGAACUUCAACCGAACAUAAUGUUGAAUAAUCAAUCAUUUUCGAUUCAGAUAAGUGCGGGUAUAACAAUAAUUAUGUUCAUCGCAGGAUUAAUCAAUAGUGUUCUCUCUUUUAUUACAUUUCAACAUAAAGAUUCUCAAAAAGUUGGCUGUGGAAUGUAUCUACUGACAUCAUCGAUUACUUCUCUUUUGACAAUUAGUAUGCUCAUAAUUAAAUUCUGGUUUGUUGUUCUUACUUAUAUCAAUGUGUCCACUAGUCUCUCUGUUCUUCGUGGAGGUUGUGCAUCUGUUGAACCGAUUCUAAAACUUUUUCUCUACUUGGAUGGUUGGCUUAAUGCUUGUGUAGCAGUUGAACGAGCAGUACUUAUUUUUAAAGGAGAAAACCUCGAAGCUGAACGAUUCUUUGAAGCUCUUGUUAAUAGUUCAGCUCGAAAGAUGUUUGAUUAA